AGAAAGAUGAACACAUUUUGCAUAAAUAAAAGCUAUUUAUAAUUAUAUGAGUCAUUAAAGAGUUACGGGGCUGAAAUUUGUGAGAAUAAGUAAAAUACCCAUAAUAAUAAUAAUAAAAUCUCGCUUAUGUAGACUUUCACUUAAUAUGCGUCAGAUAUUCAGAAGAACUAAUUUUAAUAUAAUAUAGACUAACGACGGAGCAUAAGCUGUCUAAAGACACUCACAUAUGCACACAGAUGCACAACACUCACAGACACAGUUAGAUAGAGGGUGAUUUUUAAUGUUGCAGUUCAUGUAAGUUAUAAUUUGUGUGCGUACAUCGAUGAAUUAAACAGUUCAGCUUAAAGGAAUGGCGUCCCACGAAGGCAUCUCAACUUUCGGGCAGGCUAUCAACUUAUUCCCCUAAGAUGGGUAUGCUACUUAAGGUGACAUCUUUCGGUUUGAUCUUGACCUUAAUAAAGAUUCUACACAUGCAUGUCAACCACGCGGAUAACAAAGGUAUGGAUACCAAAACUUCAAUAUCCAGCCACCAUCAACCAGACAGAGAGACAUGCAACGUCGAAAGUUCAUGUCUUUGGAGUAGUAGCAAAGGCAAACUAAGUAAAUGUCCCAAGGCCAAGAGAACCAAAGAAUUCGCACAUGCUAUUGACUACAGAGGAGUUAAGGGAUAUACUGGUCGAAAUGUGCGGUCGAUUUCUAAAAUGACCCAGAACGCGAUGAUGUCCAGCGCUGGUUGUUUGACCUCAAGGAAAACUCCGGGGAGAAAUUCAGAGCCCAGAACCAUAACUUUCAUCAACGUCAUGCAGCUUGUAAACGUUAUAUUGUCUUUUUCCAAAGUGAUUUCGCUUCACUGUAGACUGUGUGAUCAGCAUACACUAAAGCCUUAUUUCAAUACUAAAGUCAAUUUAAACCACUCGUCAGACCGCCUGAUUCACUCAGGACUUAAGAAGGACAUUUCACAAGAAAUCAGGACUUUCGAUUAUGAUCACGGAGAUGAAAAGACGAAAAUUGAUGCAUUUCUUAAUGAACAAAAUUUUAAAGAUGUACAUUACAAGUGGCUCUUUGAACCACGUAAACUUGUUCCAGCCGUGUUUGAGAGAAACAUCACAGUUUUUCCAGCGUUUCAGCUUGUCAUCUCUCGACUUGCUUCGUUUCGCAAUAUUGCCAAAGAUUUCAUUUCCACACCCUUAUCGUCAAACAGACUGAGUGAAAGUGGUUUUCGUUACAGUGGAUCGGGGUCAAUGGUGACUUGCGAGGAAUGCGGCCGAGAGGUUGAGUUAAGCAGUUUCAUUAGAGGCUGUGACAUGGUUGAUCCCAAAGACGCCAGGUUUCAUAAUGUUGGCUGCAGCUAUGCAACAAACGAACAUAAUCACGACGUCGAUGACGCCCAUACGGGCACUGAGACCGACUCGGCGCCCCACAACCUAAUUGCCAGACCUGUUGAAAAAAGCCUCACCAUUUCUGUGACGUUUCCUUCAGUUUCGUCCAAACACGAAGCUAAGGAUUUCCAUUCACCCCUGGCCAACAAGCAGGCGUUAAAUUUUGCUUCAGGAGGAACUCCUUGGGACAAUUCCACAUUUGACAGGUCAUUCGACGGACCACCGUAUCCACAGACCAACACGAAUCCUGCUACUGUACAUCCGCCUGUACCAGAAGGCACCGGACAACCCCACUCUGCACCGGAGGAUGCAGAUGAAGGUAGUUUUAUUUUGAAAUACAAUAAUGUUAGUGUACAAUAUUUAGACAGUGUUUUAUCAUUCUGAUACGAAUAUAAAAUCAAAGGAAUACAAUCACGUUACAAACCUCUAGGUCAUAUGUUCGACACAUUAUCAGAAUUGAUUUUACGCGGUUUGGGACGAUACUCAAACAAUUUAGAAGUGUUGUUUUGUUUAAUUUAAAAAGUCAUCAAAGUGGCCUAGUUCUUCUUUAUUGUUUGAAACCGUCCACAAAUUUACGGAUAGUACGUACAAAAAAAAAAAAAGACGAAAACUAACUUGUCCGUAAUAUUAAAGUUUGUCCGUUAAAAAUAAUAAUUAGAAAGGAUAAAAAUUUCAUUAAAGCCACAAAAAAAAAAAAAAUAUAAAAAAAAAUUAAAAAGUCAUAAAAGUGGCCUAGUUCUUCUUUAUUGUUUGAAACCGUCAAAAAAUUUACGGAUAAUACGUAAAAAAAAAAAAAAGACGAAAACUGACUUGUCCGUAAUAUUAAAGGUUGUCCGUUAAAAAUAAUAAUUAGAAAGGGUACCAAUUUCUUUAAAGCCGCAAAAAAAAAAAAUAUAUAUAAAAAAAGAAACCGAGAGAGACUCAGGGUUUGUGAUUUCUUCUUGCUUUCUUUAAAAUUCAAUGAUCAUAAAGAAGAGAAAUACAACACUUUAGAGAAUGCCAAAUAACAAGCUAACAUUGCAAAAAAAAUGUUCAUACGGUAUGUGGUACGUUCACAAAGGAAAUUAUAAAUAUUUUCGGAGAGAAAAUAGCAUAAUUAGGUCGGUGAAUAUCAUUUCCGCUUUCAUAUCAUUCGUGGCUGUCAUGGUUUGGCUAAGUGAACAUGGAUCGGAUGAGGUCACCAUGAAAUGAGCGGAAAGAAAUUAUUCAAAGUAAAAGUAUGCAUUUUAUUUUUAAAACUCUAUUAUUGAACAUGUUUUAUAUAACCCUACUUAGCUUACUGGAACCGAGUUUGGAAUUUGGAACUAAGCCAAAUUGGUAAAAGUAGGCGGCAACCACGAGCAAGCUACUCUGUAUUACAAAAAAUUGGACAUACCCUAUAGAGUCAUACAGUAAUAGUGAUCAUAUCUUAUUUGUUUUUAGCUCAUAGUUUUUACAAAUUUAUAUACACAAAUUUCCCUUUACAUUAUUUUUGUUCUUAAAAAUUAUUGAGUUUUAAAAUAUGUUUAGAAACUUUUAUUUUAUUGAGCUUUGUAAGCUUGUUUUUUUUUAUUCCAAAGGAAUAGGCGGUAACUUUCGUUUUUCGUUUUCAAUUAUAAAUAUAUUAAUAUAUGCCAUUUAAGAUCAUAUACAAAUAAAUUUUCCACGUAAGAACUAAUGUUGCUAACACUUUCGCUAUAUAAAAUUCCCCAACAAAUGCACUAAAUGAGAUGGUUCAAAACACCGAAGGUGACUGCAUGCGUCAUAUUUUCUUCUGUUUUACGUGUAUAGUCUCAUUUUAAUAUGGUUUUAUAAAUCUGCGGUAUAAAAGUGGGCAGAACAUAAGAAUGUUAAUACAGUUCAGAGGCGUGAACAAAAAGUCUGCAGUUGGAGGCCUUGGGAAGGGGGUGGGGGGUGUGCACUAUUCUGGAACCUUAGAAAAUGCGUUACUUGAAUGCAUCCUUAGUCAAGUAAAUUUAGUAGAUGGGGUAGGUUACACAUUGAGGCCGCCAUUGUUUGGCAAACUAUAGCUGGUCAUUAAUUACAAUGAUAAGUGUUGUAAAAAGAUGAAUGAAGCUCAGAUAUUUUUUAUCAAGUAACAGCAGAUGGCAAACAUCUGUUAUUCCUUUAAAUAUUGUUUUGGAAAAAAAUCAUACACCCAAAACUAUUCGGAUACCGGGUAAUGUAUAGCUCAAAGAAAUGAAAUGCUUUAACAGUUUUAUUUUAUGUUAUCACUAUAUACUGGCUAUGGCAAAAUAUCUUGCUUUUACUUUAUCUAUAAUGUAAACUGUGCAUUAUGAUUAUGAAUAUAUAUAUAUAUAUAUAUAUAUAUAUAUAUAUAUAUAUAUUAUAUAUUAUACCCAUCUUUUCUCGAAAUUUAAAUUACACAAAAAAAAAAAAAAUUAUAUAUAUAUAUAUAUAUAUAUAUAUAGUAGCCAUUAUACCCGGCUUUGCCCGGAAUUGAAAUGGCAAAAAAAAAAAAAACAACAGUCAUUAAGCUAAAAUCAAAAUUAAUGGCCAUGUAAAAACUCUUCGGUAAAGUAAAUUUUUCAUUCUCAGUUUUAUAAAAUAUUUUUGUCUAAAUUUCGUUCCCCGAUGGAAUCCCGUAUUUUUUUAAUAUAAAUACUUCAAUUUUUUAAACAUGUAAGACAAAACGUAUCCUAUAUUUGAACUAUAUUUUUUUAAAGCUUCCAACCAAAUAGUCAGUGGAGUCACCAAUGGUGAGACGUCAUCGUCGAUUUCCGGUGAAGCGUCACCUGCAGCCACUGACGCCAUAUUUUGUAAGUUCGUAAUGCUACGGUUUAACUUUAUUUCUAUCAAAUUAAAAUCAUUUAUCUGUAAACAAACAGUGAUAACAGUUUAACACCAUAAUCUCUUGUGAUGGGGAAAUGGAAUAUGAGGUAAUUUUACUUUCUAUGAUAGCUAUCUAUAUCUGUUAUGAAGAUUAUAGCAACGCAAUGUAUAGUUAAAUAUUCACCAACUGUAAAGCAAGGGAGUUUUGUAUUUGUACACGAUUCCAUGGAAAGGUCACGGUUGGCAAGCCGUCCCACUUCACGAAUUAAAGUGCAUUGCAUGCCAGCUACUAAAACAUUUAAAUAGCACACAUUUUGUUGAACAUUUUUCUAAUGUUAGCAGUCCCAUUUAUAAUAUUGCAUUCCCGUUUUUUCAGAGGAAAGUGGUAUUCAAAUUCUAUUUGUUGUCUCGAAACUCUUUAGUUGAAACCGAACUGGUAACACCGGAGCAGGCAACGACAAAUGACGUCAGACAUGAAGGCCUUCACAGAACGUCUUGUGAAAAGAAUCCAGGCCACCAUGGGUCAUAUCCAAUGAAUCAGCUGACGGCAGAACAGAUUCCAUCUAAGACACGUCACCAAGAUGUCCUCACAUUUUUACAGCUGCUCUCCGUGCUUACAGUUAGAAUCGUGGUAAAUGUAACCAGCAGCUUACAUCGCAAGGUCGAUCCAAGCUGCGCAAAUGGCAACGAACCGAGAUUCGGGACUGGGUUCGUCUCUCUGGCGAAAGAGGUCACGGGUGAUAGCCCGGUCGGAGGGUCAGGUCAGAGAAAAUGGGGGGCUGUCAGACAGUUUGUCAAAUCCCUUGUCAAAGCAAAAUCAGCAGAAAUCCGCCUUGAGACAAACAGGCACCUGGUCUUCGACGACACCGAGGCCGCCAACGCGAGCGCCGAGUUCUUCUUUGACCGGGCGAGUGCAAGAGGGGUUAAGGUGGUCAAAGGGGUGACCGUGCUUCACAGCAACGUCAUCGGGGACAACAGAUCAAUACUGGUGUGUAGGACGACAGAUCAAAGUUUUGUCGAUCAGAUCAAUCAGACGAUUCAACAGUUGCUGGUGCUGGUGCAGACGUUGCCCGCCAGAGCCAAAGACACGAUGUGCAGGAAAGUUUUCAUCAUCAGUCAUCCUCAUGGCAAGGAGAAAGUUUUAUCAUACGGCGACUCCGUGCAGGUGAAAUAUGCCGUCAAUCCGGCCACAGAGAAGGGACGUCAGGUGAUCAAGAUUGACAGGAACGAACCAAGUUAGUUUAGUUUAAUUUUUUUUUUUUUUUAAAUCAGUGACGCUCUGUAACACGUGGACGGCCAACGACGCAAUCGUUUUCAUAUUAACCACGGUGAACCUAUUUGACUAUGGUUGACAUAUUAACUAUGGUGGACAUAUUAACUAUUGUGGACAUAUUAACUAUUGUGGACAUAUUAACUGUUGUGGACAUAAUAUUAACCAUGGUGGACAUCGAGUAAUAAGUUUGACGCUUUUGAUUCGGUGAUGUGGAAAUCACGCAACGUUGACUCUCACAUGUGUGGCAGCGGAAUUAGAAUCUGUAGAAUGGGAAAGCUGGAGAUCAUCUUUCGCGCAUGUCAUCUUUCUAAGCUUAUUCCGAGAAACGUGAGCGUUGGCUGUCCAUCUGUCAUUGUGUCACUGGCUUGAUCACGUUUAAAGAAAAGAUAGAAUUGAAUAAGGCUUUAAAAAAAAGCUUAUUAUUAUUGUUAUUAGUUUAGUUUGAACGCGUGUGCAGCAGAAAUCGAACCCCCAACCAGUACCUCGUUUUCUAGUCACUAAUAAUGUCAUUCCAUGCACGCAACCAACGGGUAACAUUUAUUCAAAAUAAGAAAAUAAUUGAAAAAAAAUCUAAACUUCGCCACAAAAAUAAUCCGUUACAAAUCAACACUAGAUGGAGCCAAAGAACGUUUGGCUCAGACGUGUUGAAAACAAUUCAUAAAAAAGUAAACAUUGCUAAUGACAAGUGUAAUGAUUUUUAGGGCACAUAGGAGAUGGUACAUUGAACACAACUGUUCACAGAAGAUGGUGCACAGACUACAAGGUAAAAAAACAAACAAAAAAACGUGGCAUACAGAAGCUAGAGAAGUGGACACAUUAAAAGCAGAAUACAGCAACUGAAUGGUCUGAAAAACUUGCUGUCAUUGGCGUUUCAGAGCUUACUUGUUUUUUUCAAAUCUUUUCGCCUAAAUUUGAUCAGAUUUGGUCAAUAUGGAGGAAAGGUCCAACCUUGAUCAAGUGAAUAAAUCAUCUUGGGCUAGUUAAGCCUUUUUAGGGGGUCGUAUUCGGUUAACUAAACCACUUUGCAAUUCGAACACUUAAGAUAUCAUCGCAUUUCCAAACUUGCUGAAUUCUAAUCCAGGUCCUACCUACAGCACAACUAUGGUAAUAAUAAAUACUAGGGCUUAACCGGGGGCAGUUUUUUUACAUUGGGUACGGGCAUGUUAAGAAAAUACCCGGUGGGUCCAAGUGUUACAAAAUAAAGUUAACUUAUUGUUUUCUAUAAUAUAUGCCUGCCUUUAAACAAUAGUCUUACAGGCAGUCUAACACUCUCUCUGGCAGCCUCUAAACAAUAGCCCUACAGACAGUCCUACACCAUACAGGCUGGCAUUUAAAUAAUUGGAGUACAGAAAGUCCUACACCAAAACCAUGGCUCUUUAUUGAUUAAUAUACUAGUCGCUUCCAAAAAGAAUUCAACCUUUUACUCAACUGUCACGUAUGACGCUCGCUGCUUGGCAGCUUUUUGAUUCCUCACUUAGUCCUAUAAAUAUAAAACAUGUUAAGUAUAAAGGGGUGGGCUGGUUGUGAAAAGGAAGCAGCCACACCAAAAGCAAAAAUAUAUAUAAAAGAUAUGGCAAGUAUAUAAUAAUUUCCUUUUUUUUUUUUUUUUUUUCUACUUGGGGAGAGAUCGUAUGGCAAAUCAGAAAUUUAAAAUUUCUGUGCCUCCCAAUUUUUAAACACAUUAGAAUGUUAAAAAUAUAUAUAAAAGAUAUUGCAAGUAUAUAAUAAUUUUCUUUUUUUUUUUUUUUUUGCUACUUGGGGAGAGAUCGUAUGGCAAAUCAGAAAUUUAAAAUUUCUGUGCCUCCCAAUUUUUAAACACAUUAGAAUGUCUAAACUUUAACUUUUUGAAAUCCUGAAUUUUAAAUUUAAAGGAUUACAGCGCAUAUAAUUUUUUAAAAAAAGUCAAUAUAAAUCUCUAUGCAUGAAAGAAAGUAUGGUGCAAUAGUGAGUUCAAAGCGGGCAAAAUAAAGUUCUCGAUAACUGCGCUAAAUGAGAUUCUUCAAACGACCGCAAGUGCGUUUGGUGAGUAAUAUCUUCUGUUGCUUUACGUAAAAUAGUCUCAAUUUCAAUAUUUGGUUUAAGAAUACUGCAGUGUAACCAAAAAAAAAGAAGGGGGAGGACGAGGACAUAAGAUUAUUAAAAUAGUUCAAGGGCAUAAAAAGUGUGCAGUAGCGUACCUGGGGAGGGGGCACUGAUUGGUAUUUUCAAUAAAAUUAUAUUGUUGAAUGCAUGUCAUGUUACUUAUGUGGAUGGGAAGUUCCCGCAUCAUCACCGCCAUUGUUUGACGGGCAAUAACUAGUAAAUAAAUAAACUAUUGGCAUAUGAAUCAUGAACUGAAAGUCAUAUUCAUGAACACAUAUACAUUGCUUAGAUUGUUUAAAUGGAAUGACAAAUGGAAUAAAUUGUCAGAUGGUAAAAAAAAAAAAGAAAAAAAAGUGUGUAGAGGGAAUCGUGCCGUAUAUUAGUGUUUCGAAAAUUUAAACUACUAGUCCAUCUCCUCACAAUGGCGUCAUGUUGUGACCUAUUAAUAGGAAUGCAUCUCCUUAAAACAUAUUUUUUAAAAAUUAAACACGCGCUGUUUUUAUAGAAAUUAGGCGCCAGAAGCUUCUAUGUUGAUCAACCAUUUAUUAUGAUCUUUAAGAUCAUUAGAAGUGUGACCGUGCCAGGAGGAUAUUUACGAAUAAUUAUUAUUACUGAGCACGCUCAAGUAGACAUCUACAAAGUUUUUUUUUUUUUUUUUUUUUUUAAAAAAAAGGAAGAUAAAAAAAGGAAACUCAAGUCAAUUUCUACAACACAAUUUCUAAAAAUUUAAAAGAUUUUAAGAUCAUUAGAAGUGUGACCGUGCCAGGAGGAUAUUUACGAAUAAUUAUUAUUACUGAGCACGCUCAAGUAGACAUCUACAAAGUUUUUUUUUUUUUUUUUUUUUUUUAAAAAAAAGGAAGAUAAAAAAAGGAAACUCAAGUCAAUUUCUACAACACAAUUUCUAAAAAUUUCAAAGAUUUGAUUGAGCACUCUACACAGUAAGUCCACAACAUACAAUCAUUUUACUAUGAAAAUUAAGGAGUGAUGCAAUCAGGCCUACACAUCUGAUAUACAACCAUAUUAUUAAGUCUACACAUCUGAUGUACACGUACAGCCUACAUAAAUAUGUCUUAUAGAUCUGAUCAAUAACAUAAAUUAUUAAGUCUUCACAUCUGAUAUUCAACCUACAUCAUUAAGUCCACACAUGAGAUAUAUCACCCUAGAUAAUUAAGUUCACACAUAGGAUAUUGAACCUACAUAGUUUAAACACCCAUUAAUCGCCAGGAAACACCGGGAUAGAACUCUGGAGUCACGCGGAAAAACAACACAAUAUACCGCUCUGCUUUACGACAUCAAACGGGGAAAACCUGGCAAAUCAUUUCACCCAAUUUAACACAAAGCAUUCAUAAUUACAAAUUUCAGAAUAAAAUUUCAGUUAGCUUGAGAUAGAUUGACCCAAGUCAAUCGAAGUAAUCGUUUUCAACAAAUUCAACCAACAUGACCCUUACUAAACAAAGUCCAUCAACAUGACUUACAUAAACCUAACAGAUCAAGAUGGUAAAAAUACAUAGAAGUUCUAGUGCCUACAAAGUUUAUUUCUUAUUAUUUUAAAGACUUUUCCCAUCUCUGUAAGCCGAUGAAAAUGUUGAUGUACUCGGCUGACACCUGUCCAGGAUCGUGUGGCGGUCCAGUAAUAGGCUUCAAGAGAGGCCCACACGACGCCAAUGGCAGGACCACGUAUCUCCUUGAUAUCUGGAUUCACAACGGUGUUGACAAGACGUAUUCGUUGGGCUGUUCCUUGAUGAAAGGUAACUUAAAUAAUGUUUCAUCUAAACAACUUAAUGUCGAUAUUUAUUUAAUGUUCUAAUGUUCUUAUUCGUGCUAUUCAUCAUCAUCAGUGGCGCUACAGCCCAUUAAGGGCCCUGGCCUGCUCCAUCACAUUCUUCCACCCGGAACGAUCCACGGCUUUCCGCCUCCAUGCGCGGACCCCCCAGCUAAUGUAAGUCCUUCUCUAAAUCGCCAAUCCAUCUUAGUGUGGUCGACCGGUGAGCUGCCUGCCACUACGUUUUUGUCUAGCGCAGCCUGCAUUUUUAAAAAAAAAAAAUAUUAUUGCUUCACCAUCCAUCACUGUCUAACGUAGCACUAGACCGCGUAUUUUCGUGACGACUAUCUUCUACCAAGCGUGUUCUUAGUAUUUUAUUAAAUAGCGUCUUCUGUACCAAGUAAGCUAUAGCCAUAAAUAAUUAAGAACUUGAAGCUUUAUGUACCUUCUUGGCGUAACGUGUAAAAAAAAUAAGCACGUAUUAAUUUCUUAAAUACGUGAAGGAAUUGUUUAAACAGUUUAAUCAAAACUCGAAUUUUGUAAGACUUUUUGCGUCGACAGUAAGAUGUAUUAUCUUACAUCGAAUGGCUGAGGUAAAUUUUAACUUACAUUUGGGGGUGUUGAGUGGUGGGUAGAUGAGAGGUGGGUGUGAUCGUGGGUGAAUAUGAACUCAUUGAGACCUAUGUUACGUAACCAUUGCACCAAAGCGCUGACAAGAUGAUCACUUUUCCAUUAUACAUGAAGAAUGGGCAAAAGAAAUAUAGUUUCUUUUCGAAAGCCUCGGAUUUUUAAUGCUUAAAAUUAUAAAGAAGAUUAUGUAAAAAAAUAAAAUAAAAUCAUCAUUGCAUUUGCUUGAAAGAGGCAUUUUGCAAAGUUAUUGAUCAAUCUGGUGAAGCUCUUGUGGGAAAUUUUUACUUUUAAUUUUUGGUGUUAAAUGAACACUAAGAGUAUAUUUUGCGCAAUAGAAAAAAGAAAUGACACCCAUAGUGUAACGUGAAAAAAUGCAUCUAUUUACAUAUAUGCAAAGAUUGUAGUUGAACACAAUGUACUGGUUCAUUGUUCCUGAUCAAACAUUAAGUAAUUAAUAUCCCAUCCCAUGGACAGGUUCCAAAUAAAAUUUCAGCAUCGUUUAUAUUAUCUUAACCACGGCCUGCCCCAAGUCAGGAAAAGGCCUGCCCCAAGUCGGGAAAAGGCCUGCCCCAAGUCGGGAAAAGGCCUGCCCCAAGUCGGGAAAAGGCCUGCCCCAAGUCGGGAAAAGGCCUGCCCCNGCCCCAAAUCGGAAAAAGGCCUGCCCCAAAUCGGGAAAAGGCCUGCCCCAAAGUCGGGAAAAGGCCUGCCCCAAAUCGGAAAAAGGCCUGCCCCAAAUCGGGAAAAGGCCUGCCCCAAAGUCGGGAAAAGGCCUGCCCCAAAUCGGAAAAAGGCCUGCCCCAAAUCGGGAAAAGGCCUGCCCCAAAGUCGGGAAAAGGCCUGCCCCAAAUCGGGAAAAGGCCUGCCCCAAAUCGGGAAAAGGCCUGCCCCAAAGUCGGGAAAAGGCCUGCCCCAAAGUCGGGAAAAGGCCUGCCCCAAAUCGGGAAAAGGAGGAAGGUUGGCCUUGCGCCUGGCGCCUUCAUCCCGUGAAAUACUUUUUCUGUAGAAAGAAGAACACACCAAGAAUGAGCACAUUCUUAUGAGAACAACCUUAUUGAAGCUAGUAGCUUUAGUGGACUUAUCAAAGCUGCCUGGAACACGGGGGGCAGUUCUACUGACGCCAACAUGAUGAAUGAAUACAAUUGUUGUAAAAGAUACUAUGCCAUUACUCUAGCAUCAGUCGGCGCAGGAGAACUGAAUGAAUGAACGAAUGAAAUAGUGAAUGAAUCAAUGGAUGAAUGAAUAGAGGGAUGAAUGAAUGAAUUGAUGAAUGAAUGAAUUGAUGUAUGAAUGAAUGGAUGGAUGGAUGAAUGAAUCGAUGGAUGAACUAAUGAAUAAAUGAUUGAAGGAAUGAUCUAUUAAGUUGUUUAUGUACUUGUUGCAUGAUUUCUUAUUAUUUUGUUCAACACAUUUCCUUUUCGUUGCUUGCAUUUGUAACAAACAUGGGCAAAGUUUUUAGGUGUUGAUAAAUGUUAAAAAUUAAGCCUUCUAUUAUUUUACUGGUAACUUUAAAAAUCUACAGACUGCACGGCAGAGGAGCUCCAUCUUGACUCCAGCGCCAGGUCACCAACCCCAACACCAGAAGAUCAAGGAGACGUGGACAGCGAUGGUGAGCAGACCUCCAACAACGAGGCAGAAGCGUCGACUGUCUUUAGGGUACUCAGCCAGCCAGCUUAUCCGGCCUACAUUGCCUAUCAGAGGAGACUGGAGAGUUUCGCCCUUUGGACAUUCCACCAUAUCGCUGCGCCAAUGUAUUUAGCACUUGCAGGUUUCUUCUAUGCAGGUAUAAAGUGAUGCAUUUCGUAAUUCGCAACAUUUUUUUUUAAAAACUGGAGAUGUUUGAUUGAAUAGGUCGCCCAGUCAUUAGGAGGGAGAAGAAGAGGAAGACAGCGAAAAAGAUGGGAAGAUAACAUCAAAGAGUGGCCGGGACUAAAACUGGGCGCUGCUGUGCGAAGUGCAGAAGACAGAGACGAAUGGAGGAGGAUAGUUCACAUGUCAUCUGUGGCGCCCCAACGGCCCAAGGACUAAGGGAAAUAAUGGAGAUGAUGAGUCAUUAAAAUAACUAUUUGUUUACAGGGCUCCCCGGCAAACAUUAUUUUUCUUUGAUAAUUCUGCUUGACAUGUGGUAUAAUAAAAGGUAUGGGUUUCAAUAAUACCUUUAAAAAAAAAUCCAGAAUAGAAGACUGAAAAAUCAAUACGUUCCCCUCUAACUUCUGAACUACACGACUUUUUUGCUUUUCGUAUUUCCUUUCUUUAUCUUAUAUCACGUCAAAAUCACUAAUGGAUAAAAUCAAGCUUCUCUUCAACCCUUACACAAGUAUCUCUAUACUCUUUAUUUAUAAAGCAAACAGUUGAUCAUUUCCCCACCGCAUGUCUGUCUGGAACUCACACUAAGAGAGGCAGCCUUGAAAACAGAGCUACAUUUUCAGAUUAAGCAAUUGCCCAUACAAAAUAAAAAAUAAAAAUAAUUGGAGUCUCUUUUCAAUAUUUUUUUUUUAUUAAAGUCGUAGAACAAUAUUUUAUUACCAAAAUUGAAAUAACUUUAAGGGAACUGUUUUGUCAUAAUUUAAAAUUUUAUGAAUUAUACGAAUAAGUGGUCACACAAUGUUCAACUAAAAUUAGAUGUUUUAAAUAUCGGAUGUGGGGGGGGGGGUACAAACAAAGAAUGCUAAAAGAUGAGAUACUUGAUAGCUUGAAUUGCUCUCAGGUUACGGCGACUGUGUCCGUUGUUUCCAGUGUGGACUGGGCUUGAGAUCUUGGAAGGUAGGAGACAACGUGUAUGACCAGCACCAGAAACACAGACCUCACUGUCCAUUCCUCCAGGCCCAGCUCAGGGCAGGUGCCCCCACUACAGACACGACCCACCAGGCUCAGACAGCUGGAACUGAUAGUGGUACGCUAGCUACGCCUUUAGGUCUGGGUUCAUUUAGGGCCGGAGUCGAAGAGCCCCAUCACCUGGCGCCAGUUUCUUGCUUUGUCCAAUAAGGUCGGAAACGUUUAUGAGCUUAAUAUGUUCAGAAAACAAGAACAGAUUUAAAAAAAAAAUAAUAACUGUUACAGAACAGUUGGGGCAUGAUGAUGUGCAUUACUAUACGUGGUGUACUUGGUAAAACUUGUUAAGUUCGUUACUUAAGAUUCCAAUUACAAUAAUUAUCAGAUUGAUUAUACGUGCAUGCCAUCACACGAGGGACACGAAUGAGGUAUAUUUAAGUCGAGUUAACAUUGCUUUAUGAAAAGCAAAAAUAAUUUAUAAGUAAUUUUCAAAUCCCUGUGUAUAGUGCUAAGGAAAAAGUUGAACAAGAUAAUGCUAGACUUGAAAUAAAAAGACAGGACAAUGAGACGGAGAUUUCGGUUAGAAAAUAAGAAGCAACAGAUAAUUAGGAAUCCAGAAAAAAAAAACAACUUAUGCGUUAGAGAAUCUCAAGGAAGUAAAUGUAGUUCUAUGUUUAGAGCCGGAAGCAUUCUAUGUUAGUGACGGAAGUUAAGUUGUUCAUAACCAAAACGUGUCACCACAUCAUUCUGUGGAGCGAGCUGCACUAUUUUCCUCAUGUAACUUGAACACAGUCACCCACAUAUUAUCGUUAUCGUUAAGUUUUACAAUCAAAUAAUAUUUUUUUUGUAAAAAGAGAGAUGGGAUGGGUGAGAAAAUUAUACUCUGUUACGUACAUCCCAACCGAAUUUCGGUUUCGGCGCCGAAAGUUGUCAUUUGAUCACUUUAGGCAUAGUGUUCGUUUCAGCCGAAACAAAGCGAACUUUUGGGUUAUAUUCGGUUUCGGCCAAAAGCGAUUGAGGCUUUCGGCCGUCUACCAGAAGUCAGGGUGUCCCUCUGUCUGUCUGUCGACCGGCAAUCCGAUAUUCAUGUUAGCUCGAUGUCUUGCUGCCAUCGUAGGAUGUAUGACUAAUCCUCCGCGAACACUGCUCACAACUGCAUGAUGACCUACUUGUCCAAUAUUUCCAAUAAGAAAAUUACAAGUAUCUUAGUAAAAGGAAAAUAGUUUUGUGCAAGAAAUCUAAAAGAAUGGUUAGUUUUUAUAUUAUUAUUUUUGUUUUCAUUAACGUAUUACGUAAUAGACAUACUUUAUUAUCAUACUAAACGUAGCUCACAAUCCGUUCAACUUUUUUUUAAUCUGGGUCAAAUCUAAAAUUAGCCGAUGAAUAAUAAUUGAGAAUAAAAAAUUUUAAAUGUCAACCAAUAAGAACGUGUGUUUCAACGAAAAUGUCUGGGUUAGCGGAACAAAGAAUUCCCUCAAGGUCUGGGCAUUUUAGUGGACCAUUCCAAAAACAAUACAUCGGCUAAGCUUUCGAUGGAUACUUGGAUACCACAUAUGGCCACGUAGCGUUGUAAUUAUAUUAUAGAAGCGAAGGGCGUGCAGGGAUAUAUUUAGCAUGAAUUUGGCCUCCCCACCCCAGUAAACGUGUUCAAUACUUUAAAAUACAUUUUAAACAACUUUAAUAAUUUUUUAAUUUAAAUUUUAAGGUAAAGUAUUCAGUACAUGCUUUACUGUUAAAAUUCACAAUAAUUUCAUUGUUUAAAUGAAAUUUAAAUAAAUAGCCAUUAGGUAAGCCCCUCGAUUUUCCGACGUACACUGAACGCAUGUGCGAACGUGUUUCAAAAUAUCUAAAUCUUUCGUUUCCGGCCGAACGUCUCGUCAAGCUUUUGCUUUCUGCUUCGAUUUGAACCUAAAUUCUUCUUUAACUUUCAGUUUGAUUUCGGUUUCGGCCGAAGGUCUCGUUAAGCUUUGGUCUCAGCUUCGGUUUUGACCGAAAUUCUUUUUUAAACUCUAGGUCUGGUUUCGGUUUCGGCCGAGAUCAGAAAAAUCAUAUUCGGCUCGUCUCUAGUUUUUCUGACGUGAACUCUUUCAGUGGAAGAAGGAAAUACAGUUGAGUCGUCCGGCAACAACGAAAAAUCGUCGAAACGUGUAAACAUCAAGUUGACAGACACUUUCAACUCGUCAUCUCAUAUGAUCCAUAAACAACAGGCUGUUGUCGGUUUCACGUUAGGCGAUCAACCGACUAACAUGUCAAUCGUGUCCCACACCACAAGUAAGUCUGAAGCAUUCACAUUUGGAUGAAUUCAACGGCAGACGGGAAAUUAGAUCACAAGUUUGUUGAUCAUGUAUUGCUAACAAAAAAAAAAAUGAAUUAAAUAAAGAAAAAAAGUUUAAGGAUAAUAUUAGAACAUCAAAGGUGCAAUCAGCAUAAUAAAAUCCGCUAAGCAUACAUAUUAUAGCAUAUAAUUGAAUUAUUAUUAGUAGUCUUAUAUAGCGUGGCACCCCAGGGCUAACCGCGCUGCACAUAAAACUAUUAGCAAAUAUAACCAUGACAUUAAAAAAACACAUAUAUUUAUCUAAUUAAAAACAGCUGUAUGAAAACAAAACAAAUGUAUAUUCACCCCACCCACCCACCCACCCCAGAACUUUAACACGUAAAUCCAUGGACGGCAGCCAUCGCAAUUAAGCGAUUCAUUUUUAAAAAGACAUUACAUUUUCAUUUGUAUUUUCAAACUAUUUGAAAUUCAAUAAAAAUAAUAAUAAUAAUAAUAAUAAACAAACAAAGAGACAAAUAUUACACCCUGUGUGGUCUAAGAUAUUUGCCGUGGUCCCUUUCACGGUAUACACCCUGCAGUUGUUAGAAAAUGCCACCCCGUCAUAUAAAGAAAAAUUACACCUUGGCGGAUCACCAAAAGUCUAUUUUGGCGCCCCUGCUAGUCUGGCGCCCGGGGUCAUAUGUCCACUUAUGCCCCCAUCCCGUUCGACGAAAUUUUCUGAUUGAAAAUAGAAACACUGUCUACGGUCCUAUAGAAACGGAGACAAUUAAAUGUAAAUUUACAUUUUGCUAUUUUUCCCCCCAUCUUUUCUCCAUACUUUAAGAUGUUUGAUUUCCAAGAAAAUCAUUGAAUUAUUUUAUAGGACAAAGUUCAUCACAGGAAAGUCUGAAGCUAAAACUCCUGGAACAUGAAAACACAAAACUUCAGGUACAACUUCUGUGUAAGGUUUGCUUCCAAGCCCCGUGCCGAGACCUGUUCUUGCCGUGCGGUGAGCUGUAUGCAUGCACGGACUGCAGCAAGCUGCUCACGCACUGUCCAUCCUGCUCUCGGCAAAUCUUGGCUACCAUCACGACAUACUUGACAUAAGGUAAGAUCAGAACGAACGUAAGAUUGGGUUUUUAAAGUAUAGUCGGAAGCUAAUACGAUUUUUAUUAUACGAAGAUCUAUCACUUUUAAUUGAAACAAAAUACAACAAUUAGCAAAAAGUUUCCCAGUUACCGGCAACCAGAUGGCUUGGGCGCAAAACCAAUACAAGUAUCCUUCGACUGAAUCUAAUAAUUAGAACAGACUUAUUUGAUCAUUUACAUGAUUAGACAGAAGUUUGAUUUACAUUUUCUUUUUUUCAAUUAUGCAUUUAUAUUUUCGGAAGAACAUAUUAUUUUUUUAUAAAUUAAGUCCAUAUUCUGAUAGUGACAAAUAUUUCUUUUUUCCCCCCCGUAUAUAGGUAAGCAUAGAAAUGUCAUAACUUCAAAUAUAAACUAUAACUCAUCAUUAUGGUACGAGUUCCAGCACCUGGUAGCAGGAGUAAUAGGAAAUAGCAACUUUGCCUCAAAGUUACAGCAAGGAUGAACUAGUUAAGGAUGUUGAACUUCCUAGCAAGGAGGAAUCAAGAAAGAUCUCCGAUUGGGAAAAGUUUUUCCAAGAACUUUCUAUUUGUAUAGCGGUUUGAGAGUAGGACACUUUGUUGGGCACAAGAGUGUUAAAAUCCCUUUGACAACAAUACAUUAAAAAUAAGUGUUUCUAGGCAAUUAUUACAUCAGCGAGGCGGGAAGGGGAAAAGCCCCCCACCCCCCCCCCCCAAAAAACCACC